GAACAACAGGUUUACCAAAGGGUGUGGUCAUCCGACAUAUGUCAUUAAUGAAUUUAGCGUUGCAAAGCACCCAAGACUUUCGUAUGUCUCCUACCGACUGCGUCUAUCAGUUCACGAAUUUCUGUUUCGACAACAGUGUUCUCGAAAUGACCAUGGCAUUGAGUAAUGGUAGCAGCUUAUUGAUAGAAGAUCAAUCUUUCUCGACCAAUGCCUUCCUAAAGGCAAUAGUCGAUCACAAUAUAAGCCACGCAUUGUUGUUUCCGGGUUUAGUGGAAAUGUUUUCAGAUGCAGAAGUCGAAAAAUUGGCAGGAUUGCGAUAUUGGAUUGUAGGUGCCGAAAAGCUUUCACAGCGCUUGAUGGAUUACGCACUACGAAGCGGUGUCAACGUAAUUCAGAAUUACGGUCCCACCGAAACUACAGCUUAUGCUCUCAGUAAGCAAAUGAAGUUAUUCGAUCAUGCCAAUAACCUAGGAAAACCGAUAAGGAAUGCUUAUUGCUCUACCCGGAAGUGGACCAGUAAACAGAAAGCACCGCUGUUCACCACUGGUGAAUUGUUGAUUGGCGGUACAGGUCUCAUGAGAGGUUAUCUGAAUAAGACACCAAAUGUUGGUUUCUGCGUUCGAGAUUCCCAUGAUGAACAACGCAUGUAUGCA